AUGACCAGUGCAGAAAUUAUUAAACUUAUCGUCCAACUCAAUGACGGAAUAGCCCAAAUAGGACAGUUGGGACUGGAAACUUUGGCUAAUAUUUCCUCGCCUGCAACCCCUAAAUCUCGUUCGAAUA